CAACAACAACAACGACCACAACGUACGCGCCGAUCCAGCUGCCCCCCUUACCGCCUCCGACGUCGCCCAAGGAUCCCAAGAACUAUCCCCUGUUGAAGGCUAACCUGCCUCGUUCAUUACGACAGUUUCCCUUGGUCUUUCCUAACGGAACACGUGCCACUUUUCGCGAUGCAGAAGACGGCGAAGAGGAGAUGCAGGAAGAUCAGACGUAUGUUGGCGGAAACGGCUGGCGUAUGCUGCGACGCGACGAAGAUGUCGACGCGUCAAAGACAGUCGGCCUGACGGAGGCCAUCGAGCGGUUUGGCAGAAAGCGGUCCUACGUCAGUGAGAGCAUGAUGGAGGGUGUCGAGAUGACGAAUGACUUUGGCGCAAGUACGCCUCCUCGUAAGAAACCUAGAGGUGCUCCUGUCCCUCCUAUAUCUACGGUCAAUGCUGCCGCGCCCCCUUCACCCCUUCCGUCUCCUCAUGGCUCUCCUCCUCCCGAAAGUACUUUGCCAUCUGCUCCUCCCAGCGUCGCUGGUUCGCCACAGGCGCAGCCACCCAUACAGCCGGACCUGUCUCUAACAACCCUCUUGACUCUGCCAUCCCUUCUCUCCCAUUUUGCCGCAUUACCACCAAAUCUACAGUCCCACGUUCUUUUGACUUUCCUAAGGCACUCUCCACUUUCAGUACUGCGGACAUUGCAUUCAGUCCUUACGCCUACGUUAGCGCGUGACUUCCUGACCCAGCUACCCCCCGAAUUGGUCUCCCACAUCCUCAGUUUUCUCCCAUUCCCGACAUUGGCGCGUGCUUCUCGAGUUUCCAAGGCCUGGCGUGCUACCAUUGACUCUGACCCUGUUCUUUGGCGCGACCUCCUCAAGAGUACCAAGAUCUGGUUUGGCGGCGACUCGGAGCGGGCCUUUGCACAGGCGAUCAUGGCGCGCCGGCGGCGAAACCAGCUCCCUGUUCCGGAUUCUCUACCACUUCCGCAUCCCUACAAGAUCCUAUUCAAGUCACGGCAUCUAACUCGCACUCGGUGGAUUCAGAACGAUAACCCGAAACGGCUGACGUUCCCUGCUCAUGGACACGCUGUGGUGACUUGUCUCAUUUUCUCUCACGACCGCAUCAUCUCGGCUUCCGACGACCACUCCAUACAUGUGUAUUCACCCAAGACAGGUCAGCUAAUCCGCGCUCUCGAAGGACAUGGAGGGGGCGUGUGGGCCCUCGCUGCGACACAGAACACUCUUGUCAGCGGAUCUACGGAUCGUACUGUACGGAUAUGGGAUCUGAGUAACGGAAGGUGUACUCACGUUUUCGGAGGCCACACGAGUACUGUGCGAUGCUUAGCUAUUGUUAAGCCAGAAUGGUUGGAUAUCGAGGAUGAGGAUGGAGUUAUUACUAGGGAGAAGUGGCCGAAACAGCCGCUCAUCGUUACUGGCAGUCGAGACCAUUCCUUGCGGGUCUGGCAGUUACCAAGACCAGGCGACGACGAGUACAGAUACUACGGCGCUGAUGAAGCGGAAGUGGAUCCUGCCGAUGAGGACGUGGAGGACAAUCCCUACCACAAACUUCAUUUGGAAGGCCAUGAGCAUGCUGUCCGUGCCCUCGCGGCUAGAGGUCGUACGCUGGUAUCCGGUAGUUACGACUGCACGGUCCGCGUCUGGGAUAUAAUCACCGGGAAAUGUAGAUGGGUUUUGCAGGGCCACACACAAAGAGUGUAUAGCGUUGUGCUCGACAUGGCCCGCAACCAGGCGUGCUCGGGCUCCAUGGACGGGACGGUCCGUAUAUGGAACUUGCAGAAUGGCCAAUGUCGCCAUUUGCUCAUGGGACACACAUCCUUGGUUGGUCUCCUAGGUCUUUCACCUUCCCACCUCGUCUCGGCCGCAGCCGAUUCCAGUUUGCGUGUCUGGGACCCGGAGACCGGCGAGUUGCAGCAUACACUCGCUGCCCACACCGGGGCUAUCACGUGCUUCCAGCACGAUGAGUUCAAGGUCCUCAGUGGAUCGGACGGUACGCUGAAGAUGUGGAAUAUCCGAGAUGGCAGCGUGGUUCGCGAUCUGCUCACUGGGAUCACUGGUGUCUGGCAAGUCGUCUUCGAAGGCCGAUGGUGCGUCGCCGCUAGCAAUAGCGGUGGCGAUGGGACAGUCCUCGACGUCUGGGAUUUCGCUGAGGAGGGAGAUGAAGACUGGAUUGGCGAGCCCCCUGGCGGUAUCUACGACGAUAACACCGAGGAUGAAGAUGAAGAUCGGGCGGAUACCGACAUGAUGGACCAGGACGGCGAGAUCGAGAUUGUCCCGUCGGAGCCUGACGCAGACGAAGACGAUGUGGAACAGGAUGUGGAGCCUUACGAAGAUGCUGACGAGGAAGACCAUAGAUCAGAGGUCAACAGCCAGCUGAUGGAUACUGAGGAUGCCCCGCCGCUUCCUCGACCGUCUGGUUCGACAUCUCGUGCUUCGUCGCACCAUAGCAGGGGAUCCGCUAGACCUGGUUCAUCCGCUUUGGUCCCAUCAGCCUCGCGGAUACGCAGCAGAGCAGUCCCGUCGGGUCAGACGCGACACUUGCCAAAUAACGACGAGACUCCCACUAGACCAAGGACGCGGCAUAUAGGUGGUCGUAGACGGUAGUCGAUGUGAUGCAUCCUUUUCCUUUCUUUUGCACUGCACUGUGGCAUGUCAUGGCUUUCGGUAUGAUAAUACAUUGUAUAUACAAUUCAUAGCGCCUUGGUCGCCACGAACUCGCUCAUCGUUGUCUGGUCAUCUUGGAUGUGAUAUCUUUGUGGUGGCAUACUAUAAUCCUUGUCCUUGCAAGGGACAUUCAGUAUGUUUAUGUUAAUAGCUUAUGCACUGUAUAUACCGGAUGUACGCUGUAUCUUCCAAAUUACAAUCUCGUCCAUGGCAAUCUCUCCGCAGGUAC